AUGGAGGGCUCGCGGUUGUCGUCGAUGAGCCGCGCGCUCCGCCUUUCCGUCGCGCUCGUGCUACUGCGGCGCGGCCUCGCGGUCGCCGUAGCUGCUGAGCACGCGUCCAAGAAGACGGAGCCCGAGUACGAGUUCGGGGACUACCGGGGGAAGUGGUGCCUGGAUGACCACGGCUUCGUCUACGCCAUCGGGGAUGUAUACCACCCGGGUCCUACGGCUUGUCCCUGCACGUGCACCGUGGACGGGCCAUUGUGCGUCCGGCCCAAGUGUCCCCGGGUCCACCCGAGGUGCACCCGUAUCCGGUACAAGCAGUGCUGCCCGGUGUGCGAGGCGGUCGCCAAGGUGUGCGUGUACGGGGGCAAAACCUACCGGCUCCUGGAGGAAUUUAGGUUGUCCCGAUGCGAGCGGUGUCGCUGCGGGGCCAACAGGGAGGUGUACUGCACCAUCUCCGACUGCCCCGCCCCGCACUGUGUCAACCCCACCUAUGAACCAAACCACUGCUGCCCUGUCUGCAAGAACGGCCCCAACUGUUUUGCCGGUAACCGGAUCAUCCCAGCAGGGGAGCGUGUGGAAAUCGAUGAGCAGACGGUGUGCUAUUGUACCUACCGGGACGGGACGUGGCACACACACCCACACGCCACCUGCGAGCCGCGCCCCAGACCCAGCACGACACCCGAGCUCCCCGGGGCGGAGGAUACGGUGGGAUGGGGAGGGAGGUCAUUUCGUCCCAGGCUGGAUUUGAUACCAUAGAGGAGGAAGGCGAGGAGAGGGGGAGGUAGUCUGCACAGCGGGGUAUUGGGGGGUGGGGAGAUUGGGGGAAGUUAUGAGAAUCAAGGCCCGACAUCUGAUCCCAGUCUGGAUGUAAUACUGGGAUGCAGAGAGUGAAUGUGGUGUGGAUGUUAAAAAAAAAGGGGGGGUAGGGACAAUUUGGUUGAUAAUGGGAAUAUUUUGAGUACCUGGAAGGACAGGAGAGUGACGCUAUGAGGUUUAACAUGUGUCGAGUAUGGUGAUAACACAGCAUUUGUUGCAGGAGCCAUUACCGUUGUGGCCACUGGCCAUCCACACUACAAGAGCAUACACCUGUAGGGCACUUAUGGCAGCCAAUAGGUGGUACAUCUUAUGGGAAAGACAAUAGUGAGGAUCAUGGAAAAGAGAUUAGAGAUUUGCAUAUCAUGGAGGAGUUUAUUAGGGUUGGUUUGGAUAAAGGGGUAAUGCACACAAAUGGAUAAGGGGGAUGAGAGGUAGAGAUGGUGUAUGCCAAGGGGGAAUGCGUGUCAGGGCAGCUGGUGGCCUGGUAGCUUUCCGUGGCCCUGCUGGUUUCCGUCUGUGCAGGGACACAGGCCAGAGAUGACUUAAAUGACCACACACAUACUGCAAAGCGAACCACUGCGUAGCAGAUAAAGGGGGUUUUAAACGAUAAAUCGUAGCAGGAAUAUCAAUUUCUCAUUUUGUGGCAUUAUUUUGACGCUUUACCUGUAUAUGUUGUAGAUAAUUGAACAGCAGCAGCGCUCAUACCAUACCACUUUGUCACAUCGCCUCUACAGGGUUCAAGUGCUCAGGGGUUCCUGCUCUCCGGUCUUCAUGUGGACGUGUUGAGUUGAGGUUAUGUCAUGUGUCAUAGUAACAGAGGUGAUUUAAGAUGGGCCACAUAGCUCAUCUUCAUAACAGGUUUGUCACUACACGAAACUAAGCAUUUCCUGUGGCAUGUCUGACUGUAAACCAUCAAAUCGUUUUCGUGAAGUCUUUCAAGCUUCAGAUGUGUGUGGUUGACCGUUCUUAGAUGUACAUAGGUACCAUUACAUUGUGGAAGUUAUGAUUGUGUGAAAUGUUUCAUCAACCUACUGAUAAUCCAAUAAACCCAACACUGCAUGAGCAUCCUUCACGCUUCUUUGCAGUUUUGACGCGCCCUCUAGUGGUACUUUAGUGUACACCUUGCCACUGAUCAACGUGAAAAUGUUCAGAUAAAGCCAUUUGCUCAAAAACAAAUGUCAACUGGUUUUAAUACCUGUUCUAAUUUGAAUUCCCUCAGAGAAAUUGUCUAGGCAUAAAACCAAAAUUAUUUCCCCCCAAUCAAUUCCCAAGUCAUCAGUUUACCCUAAAUGGCAGGGUUUAUAGCUGAGUAAACACCUUUGUCCUGAUAGUGUCUUAUACUAAAGGUUAAUUUAAUGUUCUUAUGACCAUUGCUGGAAAAAAAAAUUGAGGACAACGCCAUUUUGGGAUUGCAAUUUAGUGUAUCACUUUGGCAUUAAAUCUGAAAUAUUUUCCAA